GAUCUCAUCACACUCUUCGACCAUACGUAUCCCAUUGCCCAAACAACUUAUUGCGGCAUGUUUGUUUGUAUAAUAUUGCUUAAUUACUAACAUUAAACACAAAUAUUCUGUUACAAUGUCAGAGUUAGACCCAGAUUCAUUAAAUAAAUUGAAAGUAGUAGAUUUGCGGGAACAUUUAUCCCAGCGUGGAUUACCAACUGCUGGUCUUAAAGCUGAGCUAGUGAAGCGAUUGCGAACGGCACUUUUAGAUGAAGAAAACAACAGUAGAAGUAGUGAAAGUUUGCCUGAUGAUGAUGAGGAAGCUCGUCAGAGAGCUGAGGAGGAAGAUCGCCUGAGAGCUGAGGAAGAAGCUCGUCUCAGAGCUGAGGAAGAAGCUCGUCUCAGAGCUGAGGAGGAAGCUCGUCUCAGAGCUGAGGAGGAAGCUCGUCUCAGAGCUGAGGAGGAAGAUCGUCUCAGAGCUGAGGAGGAAGAUCGCCUGAGAGCUGAGGAGGAAGCUCGUCUUAGAGCUGAGGAGGAAGCUCGCCUGAGAGCUGAGGAGGAAGCUCGUCUGAGAGCUGAGGAGGAAGAUCGCCUGAGAGCUGAGGAGGAAGCUCGUCUGAGAGCUGAGGAGGAAGCUCGCAUGAGAGCUGAGGAGGAAGCUCGCAUGAGAGCUGAGGAGGAAGCUCGCAUGAGAGCUGAGGAGGAAGAUCGACAGAGAGCUGCAGAGGAAGCUCGGCAAAGAGCUGCAGAGGAUGCUCGCCUUAAAGCAGAAGAGGAGGCUCGUCUUGAAGAGGAAGCUAGGCUAAAAGCGGAAGAGAGAGCUCGACAAAAAGCAAAAAUGCAGGCCAAGUUAAAGGCUGAAGAAGAAGCUAAAUGCCAAGCACAGGAAGCAGCUAGACUCAGGGAGCUUGAAGAAGCUAAGCUAAAAUCUGAAGAAGACGCUCGAAUAAGGGCAAAAGAAGCUGCAAGGCUAAAAGCUGAAGAAGAAGCUAGAUUGAAAGCAGAAGAAGAGGCUAAGCAAAGGGCAAAAGAAGCUGCUAUAAGAGAAGCUAGAUUGAAAGCGGAAGAAGAAACUAGAAGAAAAGCUGAAGAGGAGAGAAAAAGAUUCAUGGAAGAACGAAGGAGAAAAGAAGAAGAAGAAUUGCGUGUAAUGAAUCAAAAACGCAUAGCAGAAGAGGAGCAGAGACGUAAAGCAGAAGAAGAGCAGAGACGUAAAGCAGAAGAAGAAGAAUGGAGAAAGAAAGAAUUUGAGCAACAGCAGAUGUCAGCAAACAAUGACAUGACUGUUAAUCUUACGUCGACUUUGCAAAUGCCACCUAUGCCGCCAUUCUCUCUGCCAUCUAUGAAUAUUUUGCCACCUCCUCCUACUGUUUUAAUGUCAAACAUUCCUCCUCUUUUACCCCCUGGAACAUCCAUGCCACCUAAUUCUCAUCAUCCAAAUGUUUCUGUUCCGUCUUCCCUUUUUCCACCUCCUCUACCUACCAUUAACAUGAUGGCGUCAUUGGAAAAUCAAAUUCAUAGUAACAUUGACAAUCAAUCUGAAACAGAAGGCAUUGAAAUUUCAGAAUCAAUGGACACAAGUGAAAAUGCUGCUGAAAUUAAAUUGCCGCAAGCUUUAGAAAAAGUGCUCGCUCUCAAAACUGUUAGAGCACAAGAAUUAGGAAUCGAUCCUGACACUGUUCUAUCUCCAAACGAUGAAAGAACUCAAGUUUCUAAAACACCUGUGGUAAAUUUGGUAUCAGUAGACGACGAGGAUUACGUGGAGGAGGAGGAUGCUUCUCAAAAGCAGAAGGAUUCUAAGAACAAACGACGCAGGAAAAAGAAAAAGAAGAGACAAGUUAAAAGUCAAGAAAAUCCAAUGUUAAAAUUUCAAGAUAAGCAUUCGCAGAGAGAUUCUGGUGUUGAUGUUGAUAUAGAGUAUGUUCAAGAGGUAAUAGAUACUUCUGAUCCAUUGUAUCAUCAGUUUAUGAAAAUAUUUGAGAAGUUCAAACUAACAGAAAGCGAAAAAGAAAACGAAGAAAUGGUCACAGACGCUGGGAAAAAUGCAUUAAAAGAAGAAAUGUUUAAUCCUAUGGCUAUAAGAAAGAAGCCAGUGGACUUAGAUGAUGAUGAUGAGAAAGAUGAUGACAAGCUUGAAGAGGAAAAGCCAAAGCUUUCUAAGAGAAAACUUAAAAAGUUAAGCCGGAUGUCUGUAGCUGAGCUUAAGCAAAAAGUGAAUCGUCCAGAAUUAGUCGAGAUGCAUGACGUCACAGCUAAGGACCCUGUUCUUUUGCUACAUUUAAAAGCAUCUCGUAAUACAGUGCCAGUUCCUCGCCAUUGGUGCUUCAAACGUAAAUAUUUACAGGGAAAGCGUGGUAUCGAAAAACCUGCAUUUGAAUUACCAGACUUUAUUAAGCGAACUGGCAUCAUGGAGAUGAGACAAGCCCUGCAGGAAAAAGAAGAUCAAAAAACUAUGAAAGCUAAGAUGAGGGAAAGAGUGCGACCGAAAUUGGGCAAAAUCGACAUCGAUUAUCAAAAGCUUCAUGAUGCCUUUUUUAAAUGGCAGACAAAACCCAAAAUGACUAUUCACGGUGACUUGUACUACGAGGGAAAAGAGUUUGAAACUAGAUUGAAAGAGAAAAAACCUGGCGAUUUAAGUGAAGAUUUGAGGACUGCCUUAGGAAUGCCCACUGGGCCCAAUGCGAACAAAUGCCCACCACCCUGGUUAAUUGCUAUGCAGCGUUAUGGACCGCCUCCUUCUUACCCUAACUUGAAAAUUCCUGGACUCAAUGCACCUAUUCCAGACAGUUGCUCCUUCGGUUACCACGCAGGCGGUUGGGGUAAGCCUCCCGUCGAUGAGACUGGCCGGCCUCUUUACGGUGACGUGUUUGGUACACAGAUAUUAGACAACCAGCCUCACAUUCAGGAGGAAGAAAUUGAUCACACUCUAUGGGGCGAACUCGAGUCAGAGUCUUCAGAAGAAGAAGAAGACGAAGAGGAGGAGGAAGAAGAGGACGAGGAAGAUAAGGCUGAAGACGAAACUGGAUUAGUCACUCCAGCUGAAGGGCUUAUCACGCCUAGCGGAUUCAGCUCUAUUCCAGCUGGAAUGGAAACACCUGAUAUGAUUGAACUUCGUAAGAGGAAAAUAGAAGCUGAAUUGGAGGGUGGUGAAACGCCUACUCUUUAUACCAUAUUACCAGAGAAGAAGACGGAGCGUGUUGGCGCGGCUAUGAUGGGAUCCACCCAUAUUUAUGACAUAGCCGCUGCGAUUCCGGGUAGUAAACUGAAAGCAUCUGGUACUGCGUCUGUUCCGCCUCAAGGUAUUGAAGUUGCUUUAGAUCCAAGUGAAUUGGAAAUGGAUACCGCUGCUAUGGCUGCGAGAUAUGAGCAGACUAUGAGAGAGCAACAGUCACAGUUGGAAAAAGAAGACUUGAGUGACAUGGUGGCUGAGCACGCUGCACGUCAGAAAAGCAAGCGCAAGAAACAACAACUUGAUAGUGCAAAACCUCCCAAGAAAUACAAGGAAUUCAAAUUCUGAGUUUUAUGUGCUUUGGAAAACUUUAAACUUUUUACCAUUUGUACAUAAGUUAUUCACAUCACAUUAGGAAACAAAUUAAUGGGUAAUUUAAAGGGCAAAGAAUAGUUAUGUUCAAGCAGGGUUGCCACUUCACAAGGAAAACCUGGAAAAUACAGGGAAUUAAAAAACCACCUAAAGUUAUAGAGAAUUUGAGUUUUUUUUUUUUUUUAAACUGGGAAACUACAGGGAAUUUUGUUCCUUAUUUUUGUCUUUUAAUAAAAGGUGACUACUCAAAGCUUAAUCUACGGGAUAUUUAAGUUUAUGUUCAGCUGUUUCUUUUUUUUCCAGCAAUUAAAACAAAUGAAUAAAUACAGUAAGCCCAAUCUAGCUCACACAAGAGCACAGUAAUUGUUGUUUCCUCUUAAUAUAUUUUGUAUAAUGUGUACUGGAAAUUUUUUUUCUGCAGAUUUGAGGGGCAACCCUGUUCAAGAAAAUUGAUGUUUAAAAAAAAUUUGAAGCUGAAUGGUUUUAUUUUUUGUUUUUCAACGUUUAAAAAAUUUAUAUAAAUUUAUUUUUAAACUUUAUCUUAUAGCUGCACAACAAGCAUUAGCAUACUACACACUCUAGCCUAAAUGUCAGUUAUAUUUAAAAAAUGAAGGCAUAUCAUUGCAUAGCUGCCAACUCUACUGGAUUUUGCCAGUUUCUCCUGUUUUACUGGUUUAAUUAAAAUUUUCAUUAUGGUAAAUUUUCGAAAAUUCCAUAAAAUUGAGUAAGUUUCUUAAAAGAAUCACAAUUGAAAUAGCAUUUUUGUACAGGUUAUUGCUUGAUUUAAAUAAGUAUUACUAAUACAUAAUAAAGUGAACCUCAUUUAUAGAACUCAGUUCAAAACCUUCUUUUUUUGUUGUAAAAUGUUUAGUUUAUUUUUAUUCAGAACUUUCUUUUUAAAUUAAUUUUAAAAAAAAUAUUUUAAUUAUCUUUUAGGAAUUAAAUGCCAAUUAAUAUUUGAGUAAACAUAAUACAUAGCAUUUCAAGUAUGUUUAAUGUCAUUCAUAACUGGAACAUGUUGCAGUUUUUCUAUUUUGAUGACGAUAAAAAUCCCUAUGUGUAAAAUAUUUAGUACAUUACGCAUCAAUUAUCAUGAAAUUCGUAAAAUCUACUGGAUUUUUUCCUAUCCAUGUUGGCAGAUGUGUCAAUGACAAAGGGAAUGCAUGUCUUGGGAAAUUCACUUUGGGAUGAUUAGUAAACCUAUUAGAUGUUUACUCCUUAAAAUAAUAAAGUGCAUUAGUAGGAUUCGUUGAUUUAAA